AUGGGGUCACAAUGGAGACCCCGCGCUGUGCGACGGCCACGGCGGACUGCCAUAGCAGCUCUACUGGCGCUGGUCACCGCAUCGACGACUGCGGCAGCACACCAGUUCCCCUAUGUGCCGACCCAAAUCCUCACGCCCGACUGCUUCAGCAAAUCGACCUGUCACAGCGCCGGCCAGACGUACAUGUUCAAGCAGGCCGACGACGGCAGCGUGCAGUUCCUGUCCUUCGAUUACAACAACAAGCUCAACGCUGACCUCGGCCCCAAGUUGCUCUCCAGCCAGCUGCCCUUUCUCACCGAUGCCGACCCUGCGACGGCCUUUGGCGCCGUCCGCACCGCCAACGGCUCUGUUCUCGUCUACGCCGGCGUCUGCGGUGGCGAUGCCGGUGCCGUCUGGUCCUUUGACGAAAGCAAGGACGCGGGCGCCACCGUCGGCAGCGGGGCCUGGACGAAGCGUGGCACCCACAACACGGCGCAGAACACGAGCCCCGGCGACGCGCCCUUCUUCCUUGGCGGCACGCUGGCCUUUUCCGCCCAGCUCGCGCCCGUUAUGGACCAACCGACGCUGUACAGCUACGGCGGCAUGUGCGAGACGCCGGGCACCGAUGCGACGACCUGGCAGGCCAGCGCCAACUACACCAAGAUGAUGAUGAGUCUGACGCCGGACAGCGGGGACGCGCAGACGGACUACAGUGCCUCUAUCGCGUCGACCGCCGGUCCGCGCUUGCCAUUUGCUGGUUUCACGCUGACGCCGCAGCCGCCUUCAAUCACCAACAUCUCGGGUACGAUAACACAAAAGACGACGUACAUCCUACUUGGCGGGCACACCCAGCAGGCCUUUAUCAACAUGAGCACAGCGGCAGUGUGGAGUCUGCCCGAACAGGCGUGGUCAUACAUUGACAUCAAGCAGCCUGUGAGCAAGACGGCCAACACGGAGCUGAUUCGCAGCGGCAGCAUGAGCAAAAGGGCUGACGUCGUGCCCGAGGUCACGAGCCGGUCCGGCCACACGGCGAUUCUUAGCCAGGACGGGAGUGAGGUCGUGGUCAUGGGCGGCUGGGUGGGCGAUGUCAACACGGCGGCGGAGCCCCAGCUCGCGGUGCUCAAGAUGAGCCAAACGUACAACUCGUGGAUGUGGGCGGUGCCGGAUGCGCAGCCCGACGGCGGCGGUAUAUACGGGCAUGGCGCUGCUCUGCUGCCGGGGAACAUUAUGAUGGUGUAUGGCGGCUGGACAAUUAACUCGAGUGAUACCGCGUCGACGAGCAAGAGAGCGACACCAGAUACCGCGCGAUUCCUGAACUUGACCUCGAUGGCGUGGACGCAGGAAUAUGAGCGACCAUCCCUGAGCCCAAGUGAUCCUGACGCGCCCAGCGUCGGAUCGGGUGGUGGAGAGUCGAGCAGCCGCUCCAGGAAACUGGGCCUCGGCCUAGGUUUGGGCCUUGGUCUUGGCUUGUUACUUGUUAUCGGCGCUAUUGCGCUGUUCUGUUGCCUUCGCCAGCGUAAACAACGAAAGAACCACAAACGAGAUGAGGCCGCCCAGGCCAUGGCACAAGAUGCCGAGUUUUUCAACGACCGCGACGACGUCAUGGAGCCACCCUCCGGCUACGGCCAAUGGGGCUGGUUUGGACAGCGAGAGGGUCACCAAAACAACAACGGCCAUUCUGAGAAACAGCAGACGCAUACCGAAAAGGCCCAAGGCGGCUACGAGAGCCUGGCCAUGAGCGGCGGCUCCGGCGAAAGAGGCCCCAUUACAAGAAAACCCGUCAGCGGCCAGCUGCGUGGAGGCUAUGUGCCCUACCUGCCGUCGUCUGACGGACGCAUGUCCAACUUUGCCUCACCCCCGGGCCAGAUUCACCCGAUUCUGGAGGACGACGAGGACGAGGACCGCUUCCGCGAAAAAGAGAUUCUAACACCGACGUCAGAGGUGCAUGCCGAUCCGUUCCAAACCCCGCCGCGCACCGCCCACAAUGCUGCGGCAGCGGGCGUGGGCGCCAUGGCCGGUGCGGCAGCCAUGUAUGCCAUUCCUAGCCGCGGCACGCCGAGCCCCGAACGGCCGGACCGCGACGUGCAGGAGUGGUCAUCAGAAGCGGAUGGUGGUGCCGAGGCACUUCUCACAAGAUAUGCCCGCAAUCGCGCUGGUCGAAGCUCACCUACCCGCGGUGACUGGCACCACCUAUCGGCGUAUCACGACGACGACUCACGGAGCGGUUCCAAUCUCUCCGAGUCUACGCGGAGUGCCGCGGAUAGCUUGCUCGCAGGCGCUGGUGUGUACCAUAAGAAGACCGCCAGCUCCUCAUCGGGCAGCUACCGGACGGCCAAGUCUGGCUUUGGCACCCUCCAGGCCGAGGCGCCGAGCCUGCUCCACGGUAGCAGCUACGACGACUACGACCACAUCCCCGUCCCAGGGUCACCCUCGAAGAACAAGCCUCGGCGCACGUGGCUGGGUUCUCUGCGCCGCGUCUUUUCCGGGUCCGAGUCGCCGUCGCCAGGGUCGUCGAUGCGCGAGGAGAGUCCACGCCGGCCGUCCCUGGAGCGUGUGAGCGCCGACUACGAGGCACCGCUCGCCGGCGUCAGCGGUGAGAUUCUGCGUAGGAAGCAGGGCCGCCGCGACUGGAACGUGAGCGACCCUCCGCAGGGCGACCAAGACGAGGCCGAUCUCGGCGGCAGCAAACGUCGCGUGAGCGGUGCGGCCGCCGAGGUCGAAAACGACUGGGACAUUGAGCGCGCCGUGGAGCGGCGGAUGGUGCAGGUCAUGUUCACAGUACCCAAAGAGCGGCUGCGGGUGGUCAAUGCCGCCGACAACGAUAACAACGAUGACGACGAGGACGACACGCCAGCGCCGCUGGCCAUCAACAAGAGCAAGGCCAAGCCUAGUGCGCUGGUGCUCGACCCGCCGCGCAUUCACGAGCCGCACACCGCCGAGGUGCUCGACUCUGUGAGCCAGCUGUCGAGCCAAUCUUCUGGCGCACACUCGCAGAACCUACCGGCGCCGCAGACGGUGGUGCUAGGGCCCCCGGACGAGACGCACGUGGGCGGCAGCCAAAUGUCGCCGUUUAUCACGCCCUCGCUGCGAAGCCUCACGCCCGUGACAUACGGAAAGCGCUCGGGCGAGCACGACGAUUUCGACCGUGAGACGAUGCUGCGCAUGAGCCGACAGGGCGCGCUGGCGGAGCCGGGCCUGCUGCGGGAGCGGUUCGCGGAGCCGCGCAGGAGUCACUCAACUGAUGGCGAUGGGCAGCGACCCUCGUCGACGGCCGUGUAUGGCACGGCCGAGGCGGUGACGCUGGAGCGCGCGCGCGCCAAGUCGAGGGUGCUGCAGAUGGUGGACUCUAUUGAAAGCCGUGACGGGAGCCCGGAGCGCAAGGAGUCACAGUCUCCUAGGCUUGGCGUUGUUUGUGUGUUGCUGCAUUUUGGCCAUUUCUGGAUCUUGGGGUUUCUUCGGUUAUGGGUUGACGAGGCGCUUUUUCAAUGGAUUUUUGCUGCCAAUGUUAUGCAAUGUUUCAUGUCUCUUGUCAAGAUUGUAAAGAAUGACGUGCAUGGGAUAUCGGGAAAGCGAGACGGAUCUUGGGUUUGA